AUGUCCAAUGAUGGACCCACUGACAUUCAAUCAGGAAUUAAUAAUUCGACAACUUAUCGAGAUCUUAGUUUGGAUUGCGGCACUACUGAGAAACUAAGCAAACUAACGGUAACCAGAAAUAAUUCGCCGCUCAAAAGCUUCGGGGAGAAGAAAACUCGAGAAAGAAAUAUGAAGAUAGCUCGGGGACAUCAGAUGUUUAAAAACAUCGAAUCAGCGCUCAGUGAUGGUAGUGCGAAAAGGAAAUCAUUAGAGCAAGGGAAGAAAGAGAAGCAAUCUAUUAAUGAAUUGCAACUGGGAGAAAUGAUGCUGCGAAGUGCAUUCGACGGUAAAGAGACACGAAAACCUCUAGAUUCCUCUAUGAUAACUGCAGACGAACUCAUCAGUUUGUUUGACCUUGCUGUUAGCGAUUGUUGCUCGAUGCAUGACAAAUUCAGUAAAAUUUCUUUGCUCAUUAUUCAGCAAACUUAUAAUACUUUUUUCCUCUAUCUCCGGAAAUGUCUUAUGGUACUGCUUUUUAUGAUGAAAUAG